GUAUAUCGCGGUACAGAAGCGCAAAACCGUAAUGUCCGUCAUAAACACGGCACACCGGAGGAGCGCAUGCGUCAUGAGGUGACGGGAGUGCGACCCGGUGGGGUGAGGAGGAGCGGCCAGUCCCGCCUCUUUCCCGCGGCUCUCGGUGCCGGCGAGGCCUGCCCCGGUCCUGAUUCGCCGCCGGCGGACUCCCGGGGUAGCGCGGAGCCAUGGCGCAGCGGAGGGCGGCAGAGCGCGGGCCUUGCCAAACGGAGGCGGAGAGUGCCAGGCAGCAGCGGCAGCUUCUAGAAGGGAAAGCUCUGGCAGAAGGUGGAUCAGCUCGGACAUCACUUCUUAUUUUAGUUUCCAUCUUCUUAUCAGCUGCUUUCCUUAUGUUCCUGGUAUAUAAAAAUUUCCCACAACUGAGUGAAGAAGAAAGAGAAUGUAUAAAGGUUCCUAGAGAUAUGGAUGAUGCAAAGGCCUUGGGAAAAGUCUUGUCCAAAUAUAAGGACACAUUUUAUGUUCAAGUAUUAGUGGCCUAUUUUGCAACAUAUGUUUUCUUACAGACAUUUGCUAUUCCUGGGUCUAUAUUCCUCAGUAUCCUGUCAGGGUUUCUUUAUCCCUUUCCGCUGGCCUUAUUUCUUGUUUGUCUGUGCUCAGGACUUGGAGCAUCCUUCUGCUAUAUGCUUUCAUACCUAGUGGGACGUCCUGUUAUAUACAGAUAUUUAACAGAAAAAGCAGUAAAAUGGUCAGAACAGGUUGAACGGCACAGAGAACACCUCAUUAACUACAUAAUAUUUUUGAGAAUAACACCAUUUCUUCCCAAUUGGUUUAUCAAUAUCACAUCUCCUGUAAUUAAUGUGCCAUUGAAAGUAUUUUUCAUUGGCACUUUCCUAGGUGUGGCACCACCGUCUUUUGUAGCUAUCAAGGCAGGUACAACGCUGUACCAACUUACAACAGCAGGGGAAGCUGUUUCCUGGAACUCUGUGUUUGUUCUCAUGAUUCUAGCCAUCCUCUCCAUCCUUCCAGCUGUCUUCCAGAAGAAACUGAAACAGAAGUUUGCAUAAGGAUCAAACUGGACCGAGUUUCUCAUAUUUCAUCUCAGGAUCAGCACUUCUGAUAUUUGUAUAUUUGCCUUUCUAUUGGAUCUUAACCAGUUAAAGGAGAGGCUUGUAAUGGAUAAGAAUGUCUUCAAAUGUACACAUGGCCUAAAAUGGAAGGAACUGUGUUCACAAAUGUACUGCAUAUAGUUUUGUAAUGAAACAUCAGUGUUUUAUUUUUGGGGGUGGGGAAAAGUGUGUCCCAGAAUGAGGGAAGUGAAAACACAGAUGUAAUGUUUUGCUAUGAUUAUAGGCAGAGCAAACACUGAAAUGUAGACAACCUAGAGAUAAUGCAGGAAGACCCCCUUAAUUAUUUGAUCCAUUUUUGUAAUACUCUCUGCAGACUUGCAUGUGAUCUAGUCUGAGUACAUCUCUCAUUGACAAUAUUUCUCUUCUGGUUUUGCCUUUGGAAGUUCUAAAAUAAUAGCGUACUACAACAACGGUGCUUACUCAAAGGGGUUUUGCAGUACUUUAACUACAACAAUAUUCUCAUCCUGAUGGUUUACUUGUAUUUAUAUUUACCAGUGCUAUGUCCAUUUAAAUACUUGAACCUAUGUCUGCUUUACUAACUGGAUUAACAAAAGUAAUGUGUCACAUCAUUCCCUCUUGUCCUCUGUGAAGUUUAUUGUGGGAGAGGAUAUAGAAAGGAGGAGAGCAGGCUAGCACUUCUAUCAUGGCUGGCUGAAGUUCUCAUUUUAAUUUUUUAAUGUUGAUUAUUUUGCCAAUAUUUCACUUGCAUAGAUUUAUCCUGCCAAUUUUGAAAGAAUUACAUAAAGCUUUAGGUUCUCAAGUGAUUUUAAAGUAUUCCAUUUUAAGCACUGUAAUAUUACUAUUUCUCAACCAAUACGUAAAGAGCAAAAAGUUUUCCAUUGCAGCUCAAUUAACUAGAAACGGCAGGUACACGUACUGCUGUGGCUCUUAACAAAGAGCCAAUUCCAAGUGAUGUUCAAAGCAUUGUGUAACAGAAGUCUCUUGUGUAAAUGUAUAUAACAUGGAAAGAAUGAUUCCAUUGUCUGGUAACUGCCCAUGGGCAACCAGGUACAAUUCACUGUUAAGUAGAAGUAUGUAUAUUCACUCGUUAAGGUAUAUAAUACCUCCCCUUGUAUGCGUGUAACUGUUGUAGUUUGUAUUGUGAGUGGAAUCCCACCAAAUGAGGCCCUGAUUAGCAAGGAACUGGGGUGCACAUUUUAAUUUUUAUCCUACUGAAACCAGUGCUGCUUAUAUGCUUUAAAUUGGUGCCCCCUGACAUAUCUUGCUGAAAUGGGAGUAGACACACUAGCAUAUGCUCCAGUUCAAGGAUUUAUUUGUCUGUAUCCUCAUGUUAAUUCAUCAUAUGACUGAUCAUUGACAUGUAAGAAACAGUUCCAUAAAUGUGACAAUAUGAAAGGUACCUCUACCUUCAAAGGGUUUUGGGUUUUGUACCACAAUGUUAACUCUCCUUUGUUUCAUCACAGCAUUAUAUGUAAAUAUAUAGUAAAUACUAUUGAUAUACUAUUUGUCUUUUAUUUAAAUCUGGGCUGCACAGUAAAUGGUAUUUUUUACAUAGGUAGAUAAAGGAAUUCAUAUCACUUCUGUUUGCAAGUUUAUUGUAAGAUCAUUUAGGUUCAGCCAUUGUUUUGUUAUUUAGAAUUUACUCAAAGGGUAUUUUAUUGGCAUUUAAAACAGACCAGUCAUUACUUUUAUUGCUGCAGUUCUAAUCUCAGAGGUUCCAUCUACCCAGGGGAUUUAUUCCAUAGUAAAUUUGAUUGUGAAUUUGGUUGUUGUGAGCAAGGCUUCCCUAGGCUAUCGAGUGUGAAGUUGCUGUAGUUUUACAGCCUAGUUUUUUGCAUAGUUACUUUUUCAUGCAGAUGAACUCUCAGAAUAAAUUACCUACUACUUAUUGUCCAGUGGCUUUUCUCACAACUUGCCUCCAUUCUGGUCAAUAACAGAUGCUGUUGUGAAAUUCCUUCUGUGUUGUAUAAAGCCAAUGUUUUGGUGAAGCCUUGAUGCUACAGAAGGAACUGAAUAGUGUUUCAGUUUAAUACGAAUCUUGCUGUUGCCUGACAUUUUCACUAAGUUGGAUUUCACUGUAUAGAUGAGAUCAGGCUAUGUUACUGAAAAGUCAUUUAGGUUUCAGCCACAGACUGGGAUCCCAUCAGAAUGGCUAAAAGCCUUAAGACCUUAAAAAGGUUGACAAUAAGCUGCUUUCCUUUUGCAAAACCUUAGUGUCUCUUUUUUAAAAAUUUAUUUUUUAAACCUGUCCCUUCUGUCUUCAGCUGCUAACAGCCUCAGGUGGCUUCCUACCCCAUGAGGACUACUGAAUGUUGUGAAGUGUAAGUAAGGCCUUGUGAAAAGGGCAAAGACCCCACUGUGCUGUGGAAUACUGUGCUAGCCUACUCUCCUUUAAGGGAAUUCAGCGUGAUUUGAGAGAGAGCCAUAACAUUUUUUACAAGGAGAAAGCAGUGACCACAAAAAGACAGGAAAUCAGGAAGAAGCAGCAGUUUAGUUUAUUAAUUACAAGGAAUUUUGAGCUGUUAGGUGACCUGUUUAUCUUUUGGCAUUUUUUGUGAUACCUGCAUGACAUCAUUACUAAAUGUUUCUUGCCAUUUGAUAAUAAAGCUAUUAUAUAAAACA